GGUUUUUUUGGCGCGAUGCAGCGGCCUGGGCGGGGCCUGCAGCGGUCGGGCUCCAAGCGCGUCCUCGACCAGACCAACGGCGGGGGAGGCGGCGGCGGCGGCGGAGGCGGUGACGACGACCAUGCCGCCAAGCGGCCUCGCGUGCCCGCCCUUGCAAGUGUCAUUGUGGAAGCGCUUAAGAUGGACAGUUUACAGAAGCUUUGCUCAUCCCUGGAGCCAAUUCUUCGAAGAGUUGUAAGUGAAGAGGUUGAGCGUGCUUUGGCCAAGUUGGGCCCUGCUAGAAUUCAAGGAAGUGAAAACAGGUCCUCUCCAAAAAGAAUUGAAGGCCCUAAUGGGACAAAUCUUCAGCUUCAGUUUAGAAGCAGGCUUUCUCUCCCACUCUUUACUGGUGGAAAAGUAGAAGGUGAGCAGGGAGCGGCUAUACAUGUUGUGCUGCUGGAUACAAACACUGGAUGUGUUGUCACUUCAGGACCUGAGUCAUCUGCAAAGCUGGAUGUUCUUGUGCUUGAGGGUGACUUUAAUAAAGAGGAAGAUGAGGGUUGGACAGGAGAAGAGUUUGAGGGCCACAUUGUCAAGGAGCGUGAAGGGAAGAGACCUCUUUUGACUGGUGACCUCCAGGUGACUCUUAAAGAAGGUGUUGGAACCAUAGGGGAGCUUAUCUUCACUGACAACUCCAGCUGGAUAAGAAGCAGAAAAUUCAGACUUGGGCUGAGGGUUGCCUCUGGUUUUUGUGAAGGUAUUCGUGUUAGGGAAGCGAAGACAGAAGCUUUUACGGUUAAGGAUCACAGAGGGGAAUUGUACAAAAAACACUACCCACCUGCUUUGAAGGAUGAUGUAUGGAGAUUAGAAAAGGUUGGGAAGGAUGGUGCAUUCCACAAGAAGCUAAAUGCAAGUGGGAUCUAUACAGUUGAAGAUUUUCUCCGACUUCUUGUUAGGGAUCAACAGAGGUUACGAAGUAUCCUUGGCAGUGGCAUGUCAAAUAAGAUGUGGGAAAGCCUUGUUGAGCAUGCAAAGACUUGUGUCUUAAGUGGAAAGCAUUAUAUAUAUUAUGCCAAUGAUUCUAGAAAUGUCGGUGCAAUAUUCAAUAACAUAUAUGAGUUCACUGGCUUGAUUGCUGAUGAUCAAUUCAUUUCAGCCGAAAAUCUUACUGACAACCAGAAGGUCUAUGCUGACACAUUGGUAAAGAAAGCGUACGAGGACUGGAUGCAUGCUGUAGAAUAUGAUGGUAAGGCUCUCCUUAGCUUCAAGCAGAAAAAGAAAUCUGUCACAACCAGAAGUGAUACUGCAGCAGCUUCAACAAGCAACCAUGCUUUGCAUGGUUCGAUCAAUGCACAGAAACAGUUAUUGCCAGGAAAAGCUGGUCAAACGUGUGAAGCAGACGGAGCAAGAAGUGCAUAUAAUGGAAACCAGGCAGCAAACUACACUGCAAACCCUCAAAAUGUCCCGGGAAACAUUACCAUGCAAUAUGACAGAAGUGCACUAUCUUCUGAUAGCCAGUUCAGUGGGUCCUCCCUUCAGACUCAAACGUCCGGAGGCUCCAGUAUGUUGGCAUUGGCACCUCCACAGCAACAGCAACAGGGUUUUGAAUUCUCAGCACUUGGUCAGUCCAUGCAGCCUGCAGGCCUGAGUCCUUUCGAUCAAUGGUCACAGCCGCAGGAGAACCGUGGGGUUGACGACUACUUGAUGGAAGAGAUCAGAUUGAGGAGUCAUGAGAUACUGGAGAAUGAUGAAAUGCAACAGAUGCUAAGGAUUUUGAACAUGGGUGGAGCAUCUAGCAAUCUGGGUGAUGAUGCCUUCACUUUUCCUCCCUUCAUGCAGUCGCCUUCCCCAAACUUUAACUUUGAGGAUGACCGCACUCGUCCACCUGGGAAAGCUGUCGUCGGGUGGCUCAAAAUCAAGGCAGCUAUGCGGUGGGGCAUCUUUGUCAGGAAGAAGGCGGCUGAGAGAAGAGCUCAGCUCGUUGAGCUAGAUGACUAGCAACAUAUCUUAAAUUCUUAACUGCUGGCCAUGGAACUGUUAAGUAUCCGUGACGCAUGGGCUCAGCGAUGCACCCUUUGGAGGACAUUCAGUUCAUGAGCUCUUAAUCAUGGACAAACUCUUUGUCAGUUUUGAGUUUUCUUCUUUCUGUAUAGCUGUUUCACCGUUGUCUCAGCAUUUGCUUUAUUAGUGUGAUGUUGGUACGAACCUUUACCUGAACUGUGUACAACUGUACAUUUAUUUGUUGCGGACUUCAGAAAGGCAUUAAACAUGGCGUUCCUGUUGUCUUUUCAGUAAAA